CUUUCAAUCGCACUAGAGUCCGCAACUAACGACACAACAGCAAGCACAGCCUUAAGCCUCGCUGCGUCAUCCACUUCUCUCUCCAACCAAGAGAACGAAGACGACGAACCAAAAGACCGCCCCAUGACAGAAGUAGAAGAGUGCUGUCCCUGGUGCAUGAAGAAGGCGUCCUGCAACUGGAUCACUAUAUGGAAGCAGACCCGGUGGUAUCGAGCAUGGAGACAAACCCGUUUUACUGUAAAGAACUUUGUAGAGCAUCGAUACUUUGAAUGGGCAGUGCUUGUAAUUAUCAUGGGCAGUAGUUUUGCACUGGUUUUCGAGGACAUUAAUCUGCCAUCUCGUCCAAGACUUCAGCAAGCCUUGAAAAUCUUGAACAUCUUCUUUGCUGUGGUAUUUAGUGCCGAGUUCCUGCUCAAGGUUUUCGGACUGGGUCUGGUGUCGUACUUUAAGAAUUUCUGGAACUGCUUGGACGUGUUCAUUGUCGUUAUCUCCAUAACCAGUGUCAUCACAGACUCCACGGACUCCGACAGUAGUUUGUCAUCAUUUCGAUCGCUAAGAACAUUGCGUGCCUUAAGACCGUUACGGGCUAUCUCACGUUGGGAAGGAAUGAAGGUUGUGGUCAACUCCCUUCUAUUCGCAAUUCCUGGUAUUGGUAACGUGUUACUGGUGUGCAUGGUGUUCUGGCUGAUAUUCAGUAUCAUGGGUGUCCAGUUCUUUGGUGGUCGCUUCUACAGAUGUGUAGGAAUCAGUGGAAGCUUGAUCUCUCAUGACGUCGUCAACAACAAGAGUGAUUGCAUAGCCAAAGGGUUUCGAUGGGUCAAUUCCAAGAUUAACUUCGAUACGUCAUUUAAUGGAUUUAUGGCUUUGUUCCAAGUGGCAACUUUUGAAGGGUGGAUGGAAAUCAUGCGAGAUGCUGUGGACGCCAGAGGGGUGGAUCUUCAACCAGCAGAGGGACACAACUUCUCAGCUUACGCAUACUUCGUCAUCUUCAUCAUCUUCGGUUCAUUCUUUACCCUCAAUCUCUUCAUCGGUGUCAUCAUCGACAACUUCAACCGCCUCAAGAAACAAUACGAAGAUUUUGGCGCCCUUGAUGUCUUUCUUACUCCAUCACAAAGAGCGUGGUUCUGCACGUUGAGAAAAGCAGCCAAUAAAAAGCCAAAGAAAAUGAUCAGUCGACCAAAGGGCAAGUUAAUGGCCAAGUUGUUUGAUGUUGUGCACGGUUCUCGUUUCGAGACGAUCAUUAUGGUUCUUAUUUGUCUUAACAUCUUUGUCAUGAUGAUACAACACUACGGACAGAACGACGACUUCAAGCUUGCUUUGAUGAUCAUCAACCUGUUUUUUACUGGUGUCUUUACACUAGAGGCCAUCUUACGUAUCAUCGUGCUUAGACUCCAUUACUUCAGGCAGCCAUGGAACAUCUUUGACUUCGUGAUCGUCGUGUUAUCUAUCUUGGGCAUUAUUCUCGAGUAUCUCAAGUACGAGUUUUUCGUAACACCAAGCUUGUUCCGCGUCGCAAGAGUAUUCAGAAUCGGUCGUCUUCUUCGCUUCUACAAAGGAGCUCGAGGAAUACGUCGUUUACUCUUCGCUCUCAUCAUCUCUCUUCCCGCGCUUUUCAACAUUGGUGCGUUACUGUUCUUGAUCAUGUUCAUCUACUCUAUCAUUGGCAUGUCAUCGUUUGGUUAUGUCAAGCGGACCGGCGCACUCGACAGCGUCGUUAAUUUUGAAACCUUCAGUAAUAGCAUGCUUUUGUUAUUCCGACUAUCGACGUCUGCUGGUUGGAACGACGUGCUGAAACCUCUGCUCAUCCAACCACCUGAUUGCGACCCGUACCUUAAUGGAAUGCCUAAUGGAAACUGCGGGACUCCUUGGUUAGCAGUCUUGUUUUUCACUACCUUUAUCCUCUUAACCUUCUUAAUUAUCAUCAAUAUGUACAUCGCUAUCAUCUUGGAGAACUUAAGUCAAGCGCACCAAGAGGAAGAAGUAGGCAUCACUGAUGAUGACUUAGACAUGUUUUAUUUCCACUGGGAGCGAUUUGAUCCAGGUGCUACUCAAUAUAUACCACAUUCAGCUUUGUCCGACUUUGUGGAUGGCUUAGAACCGCCUCUAAGGAUACCCCAGCCAAAUAAGUACGCCUGUAUAAAUCUGAAUAUUCCGAUCAAACAAGGUGAUCGCGUUCACUGCUUCGAUGUCAUGCAGUCUUUAGUUCGUCGAGUUUUAGGUGACAUCGAAGAAGAGGGUCAAGGAGGUUCGUCCGUUGCGUACACUCUCAUGAAAUCUAAAAUGGAACAACAUUUCAUCAAUUCAUUCCCAAAAAGAUCCAAGACACGAACUGAGAGUACAACAUUGCGCAGAAUUCAAGAGGUUCGCGCAGCUUCUGUCAUCCAGAAAGCCUUCAGACAGUACUUAUUUAACAAGGAGCUACAGAGGUAUCGCCUUGCAAGGAGCUUGGAAUCUGUUGCUAUGAUUGAACGCAGAAGAAGCUCAACGGCUCGCGUAUUGCCUCGUGUGAUUGAGGUUAAAGUAGAGGCAGUCCCAAACGAAGAAACAGUUUGAUUUACCUGCAACGAUUCUAUCACAUUUUUCUUCACCGCGCUUUAUAAACAGAAAAAGCAACGCUCUUCCUCACUACUCCUGUAAAUAAAAGGACAAAUUAUUUCUGUGGUAAACAUUUCCCAUUGACUUAAAAGACUCUCAGAAAUAGCGCGCCAUUCCUAUGGAUAUACCAUACGACUAUGUCCUUGUCCUUGUUGCCAUAGCAACGCAACCACAGAUGUAAAUACUACAAAAUCUGUAAAUACCAUAUACACACCAAAAACUGUUAAACUUGUCAAAGCAGAAAAAAUCCAGAGAAUUGUACGAUUAUUUUUUACUGUAGAGUGUCGAAACACACGAAAGGAAAGCAGAUAUUUUCUAAUUUUGUAAUAGCGUCAAGGCGCACAUUAAAGAGCGGCUUUUUCUA